CCGGGAUGCCGCGCGGCUGCCCGAGGAGCGGGCGCUGGGGCGGUUGUGCGGGUGGCGGCGGCCGCGCGAGAGGACUGUGUGCGCGCGGCGGUGCUGUGACGGCGGCAGUGCGCGGGCAGGUUGAGGCGGGCGCGGCGCCCCCGCCCGACGGGUCCCGCUGCAGGCAGCAGGAGACGCUGCCACCGCCGCCGACCCUCAGCUCGUCCGGCUCCUUCCUGUGGCGGCGGCGGCUGCUGCGCAGCGGGGCGAGGGCCGCCCUCCCCCGUCAGCCGCGGCGGGCGGAGCGGCGGCGGCGGCGGCAGUAGCAACAGCAGCAUGAGCGGCGGCGGUGCCGUCUGGAGCACAGCGGCGAGGGCGCGGUUGGCAGCGCGGCUGCUGGCGGUGCUCGGCUGCGUCCUGACAGCGGAGGCCCAGCUCACAGGAGUCCUAGAUGAUUGUUUAUGUGACAUAGAAAGCAUCGAUGACUUCAAUACUUUCAAGAUCUUCCCCAAAAUACAGAAACUGCAAGAACGUGAUUACUUCAGAUAUUACAAGGUCAACCUGAAGAGACCGUGCCCGUUUUGGGCUGAUGAUGGCCACUGUUCUAUCAAAGACUGUCAUGUGGAGCCUUGUCCUGAGAGCAAAAUACCUGUUGGAAUUAAGGCUGGGAGCACUAAUAAAUAUUCAAAAGCAGCAAAUAAUUCCAAAGAAUUGGAAGACUGUGAGCAAGCUAACAAACUGGGAGCAGUUAACAGUACCUUAAGUAACCAAAGUAAGGAGGCUUUCAUUGACUGGGCAAGAUACGAUGAUUCACAGGAUCAUUUUUGUGAACUUGAUGAUGAGAGAUCUCCAGAUGCACAGUAUGUGGAUUUGCUGCUGAAUCCAGAACGUUACACUGGAUACAAGGGGCCUUCUGCUUGGAGAGUGUGGAACAGCAUCUACGAAGAAAACUGCUUCAAGCCUCGAUCUGUCUAUCGUCCUUUAAAUCCACUGGCACCUAGUAGGGGAGGAGAUGAUGGAGAAUCUUUCUACACAUGGCUGGAAGGUCUUUGCCUUGAGAAAAGAGUGUUUUAUAAACUCAUUUCUGGACUUCAUGCUAGCAUCAACUUGCAUCUGUGUGCAAAUUAUCUUCUUGAAGAAACCUGGGGGAAGCCUCGCUGGGGACCAAAUGUGAAAGAGUUCACUCGCCGCUUUGAUCCUAUUGAAACAAAAGGAGAAGGACCAAGGAGGCUCAAAAAUUUGUAUUUCUUAUAUUUGAUAGAGCUGCGUGCUUUGUCAAAGGUUGCACCAUACUUUGAGCGUUCAAUUGUUGACCUUUACACUGGAAAUGGUCAUGAAGAUGCUGAAUCUAAAGCUCUCUUACUAGAUAUCUUCAGGGAUACAAAGUCCUUCCAUAUGCACUUCGAUGAAAAGUCCAUGUUUGCUGGAGAUAAAAAAGGAGCGAAGUCAUUAAAGGAAGAAUUCAGGUUGCAUUUCAAGAACAUAUCCCGCAUAAUGGAUUGUGUUGGCUGUGACAAAUGCAGGCUGUGGGGCAAACUGCAGACUCAAGGCUUAGGAACUGCUCUGAAGAUCUUGUUCUCUGAGAAAGAAAUACAGAGCCUUCCUGAGCAUAGCCCAUCAAAAGGUUUUCAACUCACACGCCAAGAAAUAGUUGCUCUUGUAAAUGCCUUUGGAAGGCUUUCCACGAGUAUAAGAGAACUGCAGAAUUUUAAAGUUUUAUUACAACAAACUAGGUAAUGAAGGCCUUUGCACAACCCAUUGAUGAAGACCAUUUACAUGACUGCAUUGAGCAGAGGGAACUGACCCAAAUGAACUGAUAAAAAGUAAAGUCAAAUACCAACUUGAAUAUUUAUGUUUGAACUAGGAACGGUUAUUAAUUAGAAAAUAUAUUUAUGAAUGAAAUAUAUGGUUUUAAAAUGUGUAAAUUAUGACGAUCUGUUUAUUUUUUAAGUUCUCUGCUCACAGUUCUGUUGUAGUGAAACUUCAUAAAUUUUCUUUUUUCCUUUUUGAGACAGGUUUUUUAUGAUAAAACAUAUGCACCUCCACCCUGACUUGGCCUGUCUGUAGAGAGGUGGUUCACCUCUCGAUUCUCCCCAGUACUGAGUACAUUCUCUAUAUUCUGAGGACUGGGUAUGCCGAUUCUGGCUGUCUAAAAGAAAAAACAAACAGAAAAGGAAAUAGAGCUCUUGUUGAGUUCUGACUACUUACUGUAAUAAUGAAACUUACUUAAAAAUAGGAAUCUUACUGAGCAGAAAAUGUUGAGAUCCUCUGCAUCGUGCUCAUAUCAAGCUUUUGUUUUCCUUAAGUGCUGCUUUCCAGAAUUUCCUUUGUUCUUUAAAAUAACCACCUUGUCUGUGGUGCAGCACAGUUGGAAGUGACUCUUCUGCAGCCCCUUGGCUACCUCCAUUUGCCUGGGGGUAGGGUAAGGAUGGGGCAGAUGUUUGUGGAGUGCUGCUUGCCGAAAAGCUUCUGCAAUCAAAUUCGCAUCUAGCCCAUUUUGUUUUCUAGAUUGUAAUCCCAAGUUCAGUUUCCAGAAAUUGUCUUUUUAAUGUCUAAAAUGUUAAAAUAGCAUACUUCAUUCUUUGAGCCAUGGAAAUAAUUUGCUUUUUAUGGAUUAUGUUUUAGUGCUAUGUGAAAAGGUCAAUGCAAAAAUUAAGAACUUGUUUUUGUAGUCACUUUUAAAAAAAGAUGCUUUUUAAAAUUCGUAAUCACACUGACAUUUAGUACUGCAUACUCUAUCUAUGCAAUCCCUAACUGUAUCUUCUUUAAAAGGGUAUUCAGCAUAAUAAAACGGGUAACUUUCAUAAAAUAAGAAAUUACUUGUGUAUCAUUGUCCACAGCUGUCGAUGAUAAUUUACCAUUGUCUAAAACAGAAUUCCGAAACAGCACUACUGAUUAGUAGCAACCAAAUAUUGGUUUAAAUUUAAAAUGAAGUAAUAUUUCUUUUCAAACCAGCAUGUCAAAGCGAAGUUAGGAAUGAUGAAUGUAGGAAGUGCCGGUACAGUGUAGAUAACAUCUCUUGUUUUUAAAAAUAAGUCUUUGCAAAAUAAAGUGCUCUUAAACAUUUUUCACCCUACCAGAUAUUUAGUGACCUGUUUAUAUAAUGGAUUGUAACAGUAUUGGCUUCCAUAACAUGGUCCUUUACAGCUGAGAAUUUCUGAAAGCUGGAAUACACUCUGUGUCCUGUUUUUCCAGACUAGCCUCAAAUUUCUACCUGACUGGAAAUGAGGCUGUGCUGCUGGCACUUGCUAUUAUUAAAAAAUGCUGUUUUGUCAAGAAACAGUGUUGAGUCAAACCAGGAUAAGCUAAAUGUAAGGGGAAAAAAAAAUAUUGGGGGGGGGGGGGGGGAAGGAUGAUCGUCAAAGUUUUGGUGAUAGUUGCACAAAUUGGCAAUGAACUGGUAUUCAGUUGGAAGCUCCUGUUUAAGCCAGUAGAUAAUUUAAAGAGCUGUUCGAGAAAGCUGAUGCCAGCCUGGGGAUGUGCUGUUCUUACCCAGCAGCCUCUCUUGCCGGUGGGCACCCACGUGUGAGCCAGUCACCACAGGCUUCCUUUUUCUAGUUGAUGGAGAAGGGCAGGUGAUUUCUCAGUGGGUUCAUCUGGCCUGUUCCAAGCUUUGUAUGAUGUACUCUGCAAUGCAGCGAUUUGCACCCUGGAGUUUAUUUUUCUCCAUCAAAUUGAAGCAGGAAUCCGGGUUCAGAUGUGAGCACCUAUGUUUGGUAAAUGAGCAACAGCCUGAGUACCUAACUCUUCUCAAUAAUUGUAUAUAUAGAAAGCGUGUGUUUUUUCAGUUGGCCACUAAUUCCUUGCCUUUUGGAUUGACCUGCAGGGGCUAAAACCCACAGGCUCAAUUGCAUGACAAACACUGUAUAGCUGGGAUUUAUUUUUAUUAUAUAUUAUAGUGCCUAAAGCUUUAGGCAGGAUUUUCUAGUUGUAAAUAAAUGGUGUUGGCUGUGCUGCCCCAGGAAAGACCUGAGUCUUGGAAUUGUUUCUUCCCUUUUUCCCCUUGCUUUGUGGGGAAAGCCAAUUGCUUCCAGCCUUCUUCUGGGGGUACAACUUGCUAUUUUUUCUUUCUUUCUUUCCACCCGUGCCUGGCUAGAAUCCAUGGACACUGGAGCAGCAUCACAUACCAGCCUCAUGCUCUUGCUCAUGAGGCACGCAGGAGAUUUGGGCCAGCAGAUCCUGGACACCUGCUCCUUGCAACCCUCACUGAUGCAAUGGAGGCAAGGGUAGUACCAUGGGGUAAGGAGAUGGGAAGCUUUGCUGCUUUUCUGUUGUGUAAGGAAGACACAGGAAUGCAACUGAACAGCAAGUGCUGUGGAUGGGGAAGUUCUGUUGCAUUUGAAGGUACAUCUCGCUUGGUGGUCAAAUAUGGAAGGCAUUUCAUUUGUCAUGGUAGAAAUAGGACAUAAGAUUUUUUUUCUUGUUACAAAUGAGGUGAAGUAAUUUUCCUGUUACCAUGUUUUUUACUGCAUCUGAUGUACAUUCUGUGACUGUGCUGCCUAUGAAGUUUUGCCAUGUGAGUUGGAUGACUUAGUUCUUUAUAUGUUAAAUUAAAUUUUAGAAAUUUACAGAUAUGUUUUUAUACUAAAGAAUAAGGUUGGUGACACUGUUCAUGACCUGUAAACAAUUUUAAAUUCCAGCUCCCUGUUGGAAAUCAGCUUCUCAAUGUUGUCUGCCGUUUCUUUCAGAGUAGAAGUACAUUUCUUUUUAGAAAUGACACAAUGAUUGUAAUCCCAGAGGUAGUGAGAAGACAGAGAAGAAUAGUUUGUCUUUCACAAGUUGUGAAGACUUAGGCAAAAUGGUAAAAUUCUUGGUGCAAACUGCACAAGUAACGUGUAAGGCGCUGUUGCUGAACAACUUGCUCUUCAGUGCCUGCAGAGGAAGGUGAAAAUAUAGAUUUAAAACAGCAAAAUACAGAGACCUGUGUAAGCUGGAAUAACAGAAGUGGUUUUCUACUUCAGCUGAUGAUUUGUGCUGUAUGUCAUGAUACGUGCAUGGAAUACACUGUGCCACACUUUCUUGAGUUGUGUUUUGAUGGCUGGGUCGCCUUUAUCUGACCUUGCUCUGUGCUUUUCUGGAAAAUGGCCUGUAAUAUAUUGUAAAUAAUCUAGAUGCUUAUGUUUAUAAAGUAGCAAUCAGCAGUUCAUCACUUUACAAUUCCUCCAUAUAGCUAGCCUAUUAAAAAGAAAUAUUUAUUAAAAUCAAAAUAAAUGUUGGAACUGUUUACUGAGAUCUAAACAAUUCUGAAUCUUUGCUAUGUUUGAAUCUAUUAAAUGCAAAUUAAAGUAUUUUCUGCUACAACUUCUUUUGUGGAUGGAAUUUUUGGGUUUUCAUUUUAAAAUGUUUUUUCUUUUCAUUGCAUUUACCUUUCAACUGCACUUGGUAGAAAAUGUACAACUUAAAUUAUUUACAUGUCAGUCAUUUAAGCUUAGGAUGAUGAGCAGGCUUUCAUUUUCACUUUAAUUAUGCUCACAAGAGGAAUGUAACCAGUGUGCCUGUUGCCAUUUACAGUACGUUGUAGCCUGUCAGCACAUCAGAAAUUAAUGUGGCAGAAUUACAAUUUGCUUGUGUAUGAAUAUGACCAAAUUACCCACUGUUUAAGUUCAAUUGUUUUAAGAGGCAAAACGGCUUAUUUUGAAAUGAAGUUUGGCCUGUUGUGCUCCUUUCUCAGAAUGGCCUAUAAAAUCAAUUUUGUAAAUAUUUUUUCUGAUUGGUUUACCCAGUGGGGCUCUUUUGUGUGAAGUUACUCUCCCUACAGGGUUUCUUCAGUUUUCUGUUUAACUCCAUGUAUGUAUUUUUAACAAAUUACCUCACUAAAAAUGAUACAUAUAUUUCAUCCUCAGUUUAGGUGGGUAAAUAUCUGUUACACAGGAGAUAAUCAUUAGAGCAAUCUAUUUAGAAUUUAAUAUCUGUACCUUUCACAUUGUUGUGUAAAUCUCCUGUGUCUGAGAGUGCUUAAUUCAUUACUGUGAUUGGUUGCAGUCACUUUUAAUUUCACUUUUUUGCACACAUACUGUGGCACAGGGAUUAAGCUUGUUUUAGGUACAGAAUUCUCGUAAUUUUUUUUGCUGUGCAGCUAUAUCUACUGUGAAGAAAAUGUAACUCCUACAGACUUUUCUUGCACUAGGUCUUCGGGCAGUUUUGUACAAACAUCAUUGUAGAAUUCCAAAGUUUAAUAAAAUUUCUGUUCUUCUUCCAA